AUGGCCGCCAUCAAGAAAGUUGCAGUGUUGGGUGGCUCUGGAAACAUUGGACCUUCCAUCAUCAAAGCCCUUUUGAAUUCCAACUUUGAGGUUACUGCUAUUACGCGACUCGAGUCCCAAGCCACCUUUGUGGAUGGAGUCGACGUGAAAAGAGUUGACAUUACCUCCAAGGAAGCAGUCCAGCAUGUCCUACAAGGCCACGAUGCCUUGGUUUCUGCAAUCUCCCCAGCAGCGCUUGAUGACCAAAAAACAAUCGUCGACGCUGCCGUUGCUGCCAAAGUCCAACGAUUUCUUCCGUCCGAAUUCGGCGUCGAUAAUCGGCGUACCGAUGAAAAAGAUAUGGGCUGGAUGGUAGUCAAUAAAGUCAAGCUGAAUGAAUAUUUGGAUGAAGUUGCUGCGAAAAACAAGUGGUUCAGUUGGACAGGGGUAGCAUGUGGCUUUUUCUUUGACUGGGGCAUUCAAACUCAAUAUAUACUCGGAAUCAACGCAAGAGCGAAGACUGGAGAAAUCAUCGACUCCGGCAACAAGCCCUGGGCGGCUACAAACACCUACUAUGUUGGUGAGACUGUUGCUGCCAUUUUGAAGAAGCCGGAAGAAACGGCAAACAAGUUUAUGACUGUCUUUUCUUUUGAAACUACUCAAAAUGAGGCUUUGAAGAUCUUUGAAGAGGAAUCUGGCACCAAGUUCCAGGUCAGUCAUAUCAAAGGCAGUGAUUUGUUACAAGCAGCAACUGCCAGUGUCGCAAAGGGGGAAUACAAGCAGUCGAUUGGCCCUUAUGUGCAGUAUACAUUUUUUGCAGAUGGUGUCAGGAUCCUUGUCGACCUUGAGGCGAAUGACUGCAAGCUACUGGGCAUCAAAGACAAGGCUGGUUUACGAGAUAGCAUCAAGAGAGAGCUCAGUCUGCUCAACUAG